ACACCUGCGAAAAAGGUCACAAGGCACAAUGCACAUGGAAUCCUUCUGCUGAAAUAUUCCAUGGCAAUGACGACUGAAACACCGGUUCCGUUGAGCACCCUGGGCAAAGCAGCCAGCGUGUCAGCUUGUGAACAGAAUGGAUUCUAUCUGUGCCCUAGUACUGCUAUCUUCUUCGGUCUCAUUAUCUUGUGCCUCGGUAGUUGUGCAGCUUUGUUAAUAAAUGAUGUCGUAUGGACAGCUACACAGAUUAAAUAUAAGGGUACUUUCCAAAAUGGAGACCUAGACCCUUCGUUCAACGUGAUAUCGUUGGGCAUUCUUUUAUGUUAUAUACUAAUCCAUGUUUUUGGAUACAAAUGUGGAUUGAUUAGCGCCUCUUUGAGUCAGUGCCAAAAAGGGUUUAUUGCUUGCGCCGGGAUUGUAGUUUUCUGCAGCUUCCUCAACGUUUUCGUCGUAGGCUGGACUGAAGGUGUUGACAUCCCAUUCAGAGGUUUUACCGUCUUUUGUUUCACAUCAAUACAAGCCUUGGCCAUGAUUGGUUUCAUUAUCGCAAGCUUCAAGCUCCACUGCUUCGGAGGGUGCUACACCAGGAGCAAGAUAGUGUUUUACAUUGUAGGAAUUCUCAACAUACUCUACGGUGCCCUAUACAUCCUCGAAUGCCUGAUCUUAUGUGGUGAUAAAAUUAUAACAAUACCAUUCAAAGAUCAAAUUUUAAAAUGGACCCAUUAUAAAAACGUUGCACCAGUUGCCUACGUAUUACAGGUAGCUCUUUCCCUCUGUGCUUAUCAGGUGUCCUUAUGUCACAUAAAAUUUGCUCCUGUUGACGUUGCAUUCCUCUGCAUAGGAGGUUUGAUGGUUGGUACACUAGUAGCAGUUACUUUUUCGGCAUACGGUAAAGACGUUCACCAAUACGUUGUAUACCCGCUUAUGGCGCUCCACGUUAUCGUAUCGGUUGGUUUGUUGAUUCUUACCCAUCAAAAUAGGCCCCUUGCCCAAUUCGAAGGUGGUGAGCUACUAGGAGGCUCAUCAUGGGAUGUCCUAUACGUGGUGAUAGCAGUGGAAUCCCUUGUGUGCAUUGCAGGAGGCGUAUCUACCAUUUUUGCGAAAUAUGAAAACAGGCAGCGGUCAUCAUCAUCAUCAUCAAUAGAGCGCAUUGAAGUCUCAAAACAACUACUCGGGCUCCAUAUUUAUGUAACCAUUCAACUUUUGGUGUUAACAAAGCUCAAGAAGCCUUUCAACAAAUAUUACACUGCCGAUUACAUGUCCGCGCUAGUACUGGCAAUGAUUUUAGUUAUCCUACUAGUUGGAACAGCUGUGGGAUAUGGUUGGGCCCAACUAGGACCGCUUAUAAUUAUAAGCCCGAAUUCAAUUGAAAUUCCGUACCUGACAUAUAAGGAGCCAUCGGUGGGAGAUUACGUUCCUUUCGCUGUAUACUUAUUAGUAGUAAUAGCAGCAUUUCUAACAUUUGGCUACAAAUGCAACAUUUUGGAAAUUUGGGGCGAUUGGAUUAGUGACAAGGCUGGAACGUACUACAAGGAAAAUCCCAACUUGAAGAGUACCGCAGAUAACCCGUGACCGUGGUUGAUUAAUCCCUU